AUGGGGACUCAAGCAAGACCUCUGGUGGCUCGUACUCCCAUAAUUGAACUCCCUCCUGAACUUCAGAAAACGAUUAAGGAAGCUUCAAAAGACUUUGAAGUGAUAAAUAUCGAUUUGGAUCAAAUCACGAAAGAAAUGGCCCGCAGAGUCGAAGGAUUGUUACUCUACAUGCCGGUUAAUUUACGAAUUAAUUCAAAGGUGAUGGAUUAUUUUCCUAAUCUCAAAGUUAUCAGCAACUGUGGAGUUGGUAUUAACCACAUCGAUAUAGCAGCCGCUACUGAACGUGGAAUUGCCGUCGGGAAUACACCAGAUGUUGUUACUGACUGUACCGCCGAUUUGGCGUUCUCGCUUUUGUUGGCUUCUGCUCGAAACGUUGUAGAAGGAGACAGGAUUGCAAGAGGUCCAGAAACAAAAGAGGUAAUUUUGCUGAUUAAGUCAAAGAAACGGUUGUAUUGUAUUUGAGAAAAUGUUUUAAUUUGUUUUGCAUGUUUGCGCGGUCGUUUUGAGGCUACGAUUUAACUCGUCAGUGAUCUAUGACACCCAUUGUAAUCGCGUGACUGCUUAAUUUACGUCUGUGGUUAGAAAAUAGUAGGAAAUGUAACCACGAGUUUCUAGUUUUCAGAAUGAUUUUGAUUAAAAUAUUUUUAGGUUUUGGUUUCAUCUUAGUCUUUUUUUCUUACAUUGCAAACUUAAUUUGUAGAGUUCAACUGGCUGAUUUAUAUUUAAUAGGCAUUCACCGCGACUUGCAUUUAUCACGAGAUAUAUUCAUUUGGCCUAGCCUCCCGUGUAAAAACGCGAACGCGUGACGAACCCCUGAAAAAGUCUGCGAAAGGGAAAACAAGAUCUUAUAUUAGGAGCUCCAGGCAUAAUGUCGGCAUAAUGCUAAUAUUUUCUUUGAAAAGUCAUAUCAAAGACUGUAGCUUGGGUGAUUAUUUAGUCGGUGCGAGAGGGAAUUAAACUUAAAGAGCAUAACCCCUUCAGCCGAGCAUAAUUUUAAGCAUAAAAUCAUGGUUUCAUGAGUGAGGCUGAAAAGCAUAAAAUUCGAUUUUAUGAGCAUAAUCUGUGGGGACUGAGGAACGACAGCUUAAUAAAUUGACAUUUCGCACAAAAUCAAAGAUGCUUAACCCUUUUAGGCCCUAAGAGUGAUCAGCGUCAAAUUUCUCCUUGUAAUAUCAAUGCUUUGUAAAACAGAUUGGUCAUGAGAAUUACGGACCGGAUAACACAAGAAGUUGCUUGGUUUUUCUGUAGGAAAUGAAAAGGGGCAACAAAUGAGAAUUCAAAUUUUGGUCUUAGGGUUUAAAGGGUAUGGUAAUGCAAACUCUUUCCUGGGGUCCGCUGGACCCUGGGAAGAGUUUCUUUUAUCAAAGAACUGACGAAUAUUUUUUUUACGAUAUCUUCUUAUGUAACUUAUAAUGAAUAUACUAAUAAUCAUUUCAUAUUUUUUGAACUGGUGGAUGGACCUUAUCAUCUUCAUCUUUCCCGGGUAAAUUGCUUCAGGCUCAAUUGUACAAAGCGCUCCACCGGCAUCGUAGCCUGCGUAGCAUGGCGGUUUUGUCGGGAGCACUACGCAAAAUUCUUGGCUACUGGUAUCGAAGAGUGCAGGGUUCGAAUCCCGGCAAGCCUGAAUUUUUUUAGGGCUUUAUUUUAGCCACUGCAUAAGUUGCAUCUUCAACUGCGAUGGUCUUCUUUCCGAUUGUAUCUUUAAUUUAUAUCGGUACGUUGUUUUGUUUUAAAAUAGUUUCUUCAUUUGCAUGGCUAUUUUGGAAGUAAAGUUAGUGGAUCAACCAUUGGCAUUGUUGGCUUGGGAAGAAUUGGUAGUGCUGUGGCAAAACGAGCAAACGGCUUUGGAAUGAAAGUUCUUUAUCACAACAGAAACAGGCGUAAAGCAGAUGAGAAAAAACUUGGUAAGAUACUUUGUUCGUGUACAAGAUGUUGAUCCCCUUUUGAGUACGUCUCCUUCAGUCGUUCAGUCCGCUACCCUUUUUAAAGCAAGAACCUGAUUCAUUUCGUUUCGCAUACAGAAUUGUGUUGUGGAAUAUCCAAUAAGCAUGGAAUUAGAUUUUUUGUGGAAAAGAUUGUUGGUUCCACAUGCAGUCGACUCCUGAAAACUCAAACCCUCGCUAACUCGAACCUUGCGUUAACUUGAACGAAACUCGCUUUUCUUUAGAUUUCCUUGAGUUCAUACAUUUACUGUACUUUUACCCUCGAGAACUCGAACCUCCCGCUAACUCGAAGUUAUUUUUGUGUUCCUUCAGAUCAUUUCUAUAUAGUUUUACCCGGCCUCUAUCGAUAACUCGAAACAUAUUUUAAGCUCGUAAAAAAUUGUGUUACUUUAUUUCAAGCCAACCGUGUGUUCUUUGUCUUUUUCUUCUUCUGCCAGUCUUUUUUUUUUUUUUUUUUUUUUGUCCAGCCCUGUUGAUAAUAUUGAUCAAGCUUUGUUGCUUAAUUCCUCUUUCUAAAUAUCGACAUAUCUCUUGCUGUCCCAGAAGUGUAGUGUGGAUGAUACUAGAACUCCUUCUCCGUCUCAUUUCAUUAGUUUCCUUCUUCCGGUUAUUUGCUUUGAACUCCCGAUAACUCGAACUUUGCCAAGAUUUAGAUUUUCCAAGAAGGUGGCGAGUUAUGGGGAGUCGACUGUAGUAAAUCGUAAACCCUGUUUUAGAGUCACGACCGGCCUGAAAACCACAAACCCAUUUAUUUAGGCCAAAGAAGGCAAUGCCCCGCCAGAUGACAACCAACCAUUGAAUUGAAUCAAUUUAUUCUUCAACCGAUGAGGCAGAGGAAAAAUGUUCUGAUAAUCUACCUUACUUUCCAGAUGCCCAUUUUUGCACCACGUUGUCAGAUCUGUUACCUCAGUCAGAUUUUGUAGUACUAUGUACACCGCUAACAUCUGAAACGAGACACUUAAUAGCAGCAAAGGAGCUGUCCCUAAUGAAACCGACAGCAACAUUGGUUAAUAUUGCACGUGGAGGAGUUGUUAAUCACGAUGACUUGACUGACGCAUUGAAGAAUGGAGUGAUAAGAGCCGCAGCGCUUGACGUGACAGAACCAGAGCCUCUGCCGAGAGAUCAUCCAUUGUUGAAAAUGGCGAACGUUACUUUGACGCCACACUUUGGAUCAGCAACUGCAAACACGAGAAUGAACAUGAUGGAGCUGGUUGUGAUGAAUUUACGUUCUGGCUUAAAUGGCGAGGAGUUACCUUUUGGGGUCAAUUAAUAAAAAUAAGGUUUCUUGUAGCCUUUUAACUAUAUUCUCCGUAAUUUUUGCGAAAAUUAGAACGCACAAAAGUUAAAAUCGCGAAAUUUAGUACAACAUUAUAAUGUAAAACAGUCAAAGAUUUAUACGGUAGAACCUGACUCGAACUCGGACAACUCGAAUUCCCCGCUAACUCGAACUAAAUUUUCUUUCCCUUAAUCAAAAUUUCACUAAAAUUUACCCCGAUAACUCGAAUUCCCCGUUAACUCAAUCUGUUUUUCGUCUCCCUUCAGCGUUCGACCUGGGUUCUACUGUAGUACCUCUAAGUCGCAGAAAAAAUAACAUUUUUGUUCGCUACGAAUCUCGGUAUAGUUUUCUUCCCCUGUUGAAUUUCAAAAAAAUCUUUUUGAGCAACAUAAAUUUUCUCAGUUCUUUGUUAAGCAAAUCUGUGUAAUUAAAAAAUCGAAGAAAAUCUGACUGUGAUUACUUGAGG